AUGGGAACAAUAGUGGAAACUUCACCUUCAGAAGACUAUGGGGGUCAAAGCUUUCAUCUGGACCCUCACAGAGGGGCUACAGUGGCCCAAGGAUGGGCCUACCUCCACAAGCCCAUCAUUGUGAUGGUGAUGGGGUCUAUAAUGUGUGCCACUGGUGGACUCCUCUUCUUGCUCCAGUCAUCAGGGGCGACCGAAGCACCCCGCUCUGUGGCUUCAGCGUGCCUGUCCAUAGGGCUGCUGUUUGUGGUGAUGGGGCUGGUGUGGAUCCCAGUUCUGAAGGAGAAGCAGAGGCGGAAACAGUACAGCCGGGGGAUUUGA